AUGGAGUUCUACUCCUCCUCCAUAUUUCAAUCUCUUGGUGAAAGAAAAUGCAUGUUUUUACUCUGCAACGGCAUCCUCGCAUUUUUGGCCAAAAACCUCAACCUCAACACCUCAGCCCGAGACAAUUUCGACCGCGAAGAUUGUCUUUUUACCGUCGAAUAUGAUCAUAAUUCGUCGAAUGCUUCUGAAGUUCCAGAGGAGAUAGAAAUAAAGGUUCAAGACGACCGCGCCUCUCAGAAUGCCGCGGAUGAGAUCAUAGAGACUGAAAUAGUGUGCGAAGAUUGGAACGAAGAUGAAGAUGAAGAUGGAGACGAAGACGAUGAAGAUGAAGAUGGAGACGAAGACGAUGAAGAAAGUGAGCCGCCUUCGGUGGUGAGCGAUAUGAGAGUUAGCACGGAGGAGUUGAACAAGAAGUUUGAUGAGUUUAUUAGGAAAAUGAAGGAGGAAAUUAGGAUUGAAGCUCGACAGCAAUAUUUGAUCGUAGUGUAG